CUGGGCAAUUAUACGCUCCAUUAAUCACAGUGGAAGUGGCGAGAACUGAAAGGAAGCGUCUGCUGUAUUGGCAAGGAGUUUGCUGCAACCUGCUGGGAUAUUAGCAAGAUGGAAGAUCAGAACAAAGGAGAGACUGCAUUCAAUGGAGAUGAAGCCAGUAUUGUUGUGAAGGAGUGUGUAGAUGUCAUCUUGGGUGGAGUUGACUAUGAUGAGAAUCGAAUUAACGAGUGGAUGUCAGCGGUGGUUGAACAGUCUUUAACACACCUAGUAAAGAUGGGGAAAGCCUUUAAAUACAUUGUGUCCUGUACAGUGAUGCAAAAACGGGGAUCUGGUCUUCAUGCUGCAAGUUCUUGUUUUUGGGAUAACAACACCGACGGGAGCUGCACAGUGCGAUGGGAAAACAGGACCAUGUAUUGCGUUGUCAGUGUGUUUGCUGUCGCCAUCAACUUAUAGCCAAUGUCAAGAACACAGACAUUUUCCUAUGCACGUGCCAGACCUUAAAAAUCAGUGACCAGGACUUUCACAGAUAACUCCUAUUAACAAUAGUACCAAACUUCAGCAGCUUGGCUGUCUAUUUUGAAACUAGGAACAUAACCUGACUUCCUCUGAGCAUUAUUGGAAUCAACAAGCAACUGCCGUAGCCUGCCAUUGCAUAAUCCUGCAGGUGACACUUUAGUAGCCUGGGUUAGCUUUAAGUAAUAUGCAGCAACUCCUCAGAGAGAAAGCGACAAUUGAAUUACAUCGGUGUUUACAAAGAAAAAAAGAAGGAACACUGCAAUCAGUUUGUAUAUAUACAUAUAUAAAGACACAUAAAGAAUAUAAAGCACAAACACACAUUAUAUAUAAACACAACUAUGGCAACAUAACGUAUUAUUAACAUGUAUUUAUAGAUCACCAACAUAUUGUGCAGAGCUGUAUUGCAUUUACAUGAAAUUGAAUCAUUACUACAGAUUUAUUUACUAAAUGAAAUAAUGGCCUCUUGAGAGGAACAAAUAUAGAUAAAUGCUAGGCGGGCAGAGGGCUAAAGACAGUUUGCUAUUUUUUUUCUGCACUGAGUUCCAAAACUCCAAAUUGCAUUCAUUUCCUGCCUAUGAAAAUAGCAUACUGCUUUAUGUGCUGCUGUCCUUACACUGACUAUAGCUAACUUGCAUUUUAGGACUGCCUAUACUGUAUAUACAAUAACACAUAUAUGAUUUAAUAUACAUGCAUUUAAAAAAGCUAAAUAGCUAGGAUCACCAAGCUUUGGUUUGCAUGAAGGCAUGGCUUCAUCAUAAUUAUAAAGAUAUAACUGAAACCUAUAAGUGUAUAAAAUGUUUGCACUUGCAGAGAAUUUAUUGACAGAUGCAGAAUGUGCACUAAUCAUUGUUCUGUGUGUAUUUAUUGAGAUUUUAAUUGAUAUAUAACAGUAUGAUGGUAUGUAAUAGUAACUUAUUUUUGAUUUUCCAUGCAGUGUGCCGUUUUCUUUUUAGCUUUUUCAGAGACAUGUACUUCUGAGCAGUUUUGUGUGGUUGAUGCACUAAUUUAUCUUCCAGUGUUGUCAAAUGUUACACUGGAUGACUUCCCAUGUAAAGACCAGGGUAAGGAGGUAAAAAGAUUAAAGUUUGCCCAGGUCAAGAGAAACCAAUCAGCCAUUUGAUUUCAAACAACUCAACAGUGAUCGCUGCUUGCUGAUUAAUUAUUAUGGGUUACUAGACCAGUUGCAAAGUUUAUUUUUAUUAUAAGUGUUUCAAAUCUUUAUGAUAAACUGUAAUUCAAAAAAAAAAAA